AUGGCAGAUGCCAGCGAUCUUCUCGUGGACCGCUUCGAGUGCCGAUUCCUGGGCAUUGUACAGCCUAGCGCUCCACUUGCACCAACCUUUAUGCUUCCGUUGCUUUGGCUCGAGAAACUACCCCGUCUUUCGUCGGUGAGCUUCGUUAGCACCACCGGUGCAGUUUUGACCAGCAUGAUCGGUGUUUCUCUUGAACAGAUACCCCAAGGUCACAUCCCAGCCUUUUCUCCUGCUCCGACGGUGCAUGAGGCGCGCCUGGCCGGGGCUAAUGUUGUCUUUGAUACGAUGGCCAUGUGUCCUUCGUCACCUUAUCCUCCGAGCUAA